UAGAGAGCGCAUGAAAUGCGCUUAGGGUUCUGGGUUCUUUUCUUGUUUUCGUUUUGGAUGGUUAAUGACGCCAGUUUCAUUAUGCGACGGCCGAUGGCCGAGUCGGAAUCGCAACUGCCGAUGCCGGUGAAACUAGAGGUGGAAGAUCAAUUGGAAGAUGAACACGGUCCUUACAACAAAAGAAUGAAGUCCGAUCAUCCUUCUCUCCAGGAGUUGGAAAUUUGCACGAGUAUGCCUCCAACCGAUGUGUUGAUGCAACAUAAUCUACCAAAUCAGUCCGGUCCGUUGGGUCUUCGCCUCCCGAAGAGUCCAUCAUUUCUGGAACUUCUUCAGGCGCUAUUGUCCCAACAACAUGAUGCGGCUGUCAAUUCUUUCCACGACAAUAAUGCCAUCACAAAAGAAGAGGUGGAGAAGAAAGAAACUAAGCCUACUGCAUGUGCAGGUGCUGUGGCUACCAUUGAAAAGAUGAAAGCCUCAAAUUUUCCUGCUUCCUUGUUGAAGAUUGGAACUUGGGAGUAUGCAUCAAGGUAUGAAGGAGAUCUAGUAGCCAAGUGCUAUUUCGCAAAGCGGAAACUUGUAUGGGAGAUCCUUAAAGGUGGUCUCAAAAGCAAGAUUGAAAUCCAGUGGUCAGAUAUUGCAUCUCUCAGAGCUCUAUGCCCUGAAGAUGGACCUGCGACUUUGGAUGUAGUGGUAUAUUCAAUUUCCUUUGUGCUGUUCCGGGAUUUUGUCAAUGUUGAUACAGUUUGA